AUGCCGAGGAGACUAGAGACUGCUUUUUGCUCUCCAUUCUGCUUUCCAUUCCACGGUAGCUCGCUGCUGAAUCACCGUGCAAAAUAAGUCAGCGACCUUCGAGACUCAGUCACCCAUUCGAUGGUAGCUCGCCGGUGCAACACCCUGCCUUUGCCUCUCUCCCAUUGCGCGUACUCGCUCAUUUCUGAUCCUCCUGCCAUGCCACGUGCGCCCGUCUCGUUCCACCUUCUCCUCGCCCCGUGAUAGAAAGCUUCGCAUUUGGCACUUUUCGCAUUCUCGCAUUCGCAUUAAACCGAGUUUUGUAUCCUAUUCCGCCAUGUCGCGCGCGCCGCUCUCCUCCGACCUUCUCCUCGCCGCCCUCGCGGGAACCGCGCUCGGAGCCGCCGUUUCCGCCGCCGCAUUCUCCGCCACCUGCUUCGCGCUCUCCCGGCCUUCCACCCGCGCGAACCGCUCUCCGCCCGACCCUGCCCCGUGUCACUCUACCGAUACCCGUGCGCCGAAUAGCCGUCCCCCGAACAAUCCCGCAUGCUGUUGCUGCAGCAGUUCCGCGCAAUGCCCCGACGGUUCCGCGCGAUGUUCUGACGGGUCUGCGCACUGCAGCCGUCGGCGUGAUUCGUGCGCCCGCUGCGCCAAUGCAGGAGGCGGUUGCGCCGUUGGCGGACGGCGGGACGGGGGAACGACUGCGGGGCGCAGUGAAGCAGGGCGACGGAUGAGCUGCGGCGCGGCGGAAGCUCCGACGGGCGAGACGGGCGAAGCAGACACCAUCGCGAACGAGCAAGCAGGAGCGAUGUCGCGGCAGAUGGCGAUGAAAGGGUGCUCGAUGGGGGGGCUCGUGGAGGGUGAGAGGAAGGCGGAAGGAGGAGACGGCGAUGAGAGGGAGGAGAGUGAGAGGGAGGCGACGGGACUGACGGGGGAAGGGACGGGGAAGGAUCAUCGGAGGAAGCAUGAUCCGUAUGAUGCAAGAAUGAGAAGAGGGUACCUGUCAUGGGAUGACUACUUCAUGGCAAUGGCGUUCCUCUCCGCUCAGCGAUCCAAAGACCCAAACAGACAGGUGGGAGCAUGCAUUGUGGGCAGCGACCAUGUCAUUCUUGGCAUCGGCUACAAUGGCUUCCCCAGGGGUAUACCUGACGCUCUCCUGCCAUGGGCCAAGCUUUCAGCGCAGAACGACCCGCUCGAGACCAAGUACCCCUAUGUGUGCCACGCGGAGGUCAACGCUGUGCUCAACAGAAACCAUGCCUCUGCGCUUGACCAGCGCCUGUACGUGACCAUGUUUCCCUGCAAUGACUGCGCCAAAGUCAUCAUCCAGGCAGGAAUCAAGGAGGUCAUUUUCUUCUCCGACAAGCCACCCACUCGCAACCCCAAGGACAUUGCGUACGCGGCUUCCAGGAAACUGCUGGAGCUCGCUGGAGUCAAGGUGUGGCAGCACCGGCCGCAACAGGAGUCACUCACAUUGUCAUUCUCCUGAUCAGUUGUGUUGUGUGACCACACCACCAUAGUUCCAGCAAGGAUC